UUGCUCUAAUUGGCACCUCGCGGCCCUUUAUAAGCGGCGCCUCGCGCCACAACCAACAUCUUCCCCAGGACCUCGACAUGGCACACAUCAAGGUUGCAGUUGGUCUGGUGUUGGCGUGUGCGAUCUGCGCGCAGGCCCUGCCCGCGGACUUCGGGACGGCGCCCUCCACCUCGAGCCCCUUCGGCGUCGGCUCCUCUUCUUUCGAGCCCGUCAGGCCCCUCGGCGGCUCCGGCGGUUCGACCUUUGGCCAGGGAUUCCAGCAGGGCACCACCCGUUUCCCGGUCGCCGCCAGCACCGUCAACCGAUUCGUUCGCGAUGAGAGCCACGAGCAGGCCAACGGCCACUCGGCCACCACCGAGUCGGACGUGACCUCGCACCCUGAGCGCCGCGAGGCCACCACCGUCGAAUACAAGAGGCCCCUGCCCGCCGCCCCCACCACCCACUCCGCCAACAGGCGCGAGGCUUCGACCGUGAGGCCCGUGGUGCUGCCAGGCUCCCUCGCCGCCUCCUCCGCCUCCACUGCCGCCCCCAAGGAAAAGCGCGAAGAACCCACCACCGCCAAGGCCACCGUCGCCCCUCACCACAAGGAAAGGCGCGAAGAACCCACCACCGCCAAGGCCACCAUUGCUCCCCACCACAAGGAAAGGCGUGAGGAGGCGAGCACGGUCAAGGCCACCGUCGCUCCUCACCACGACGACAAGCGCGAGGCGACGACCCUGAGGCACAUCGCGAUCAAGCCCCUGGUGCUCGUCGGAGCCGCCACCACCGCCAAGCCCAAGCCGUUCGGAACCACCGAGAAAUCGUCCUUCCUCAGCGUCUCCAACAAGAACCGCCGUCAGGUGGCCCCACUUUCCGCCGACGACGAGGACGAGCGCCAGGCGCAGGGUGGCCGCCCCACCCUCAUCCCCCGACCCUCUCGCCCCUUCCGCAGGACCACCCCCAGCACAGCCUCCGAAGCCACCUCCACCGAAUCCAAUAACAAGAACAAGCGCGAGUCUUCGAGCACGGUGAGGGUGCCUGUGAGGCCCCUGAACCCUGGCAGCUCCACCGAGCAAUCCACCUUCGGAAUCAGGAACAAGCGACAGAUCCCGCUGACCGAGGACGACGAGCGCCAGCUGGCCGGCCGCCCCACCCUCAUCCCCCGGCCCAACGGACGCCCCACCAGGCCCGCGCGCCCCAACGUCUUCCGCAGGACCACCCCCAGCGCCCCCUCCUCCUCCUCCACUCGCGCCACCCCAUCCACCACGACCGGCAGCAACAAGUUCAAGCGCGAUGUUUUCUACACGACUGAGAGGCCUUUCACCGUCGAGACCUUCCACGGCGCCGACCAGUCUCUGCCCGGCCAGUCCACCUACUUCACCGGCACCAACGUGAACGGGCAGCGUCCCGACGGCCAGCACUUUGUCGGCUCGUCCAUCGCCAGCACUUCCUUCUCCACCAACCCGCAGAACUUCAACAACAGACGCCAAGCCGACGGCGACGGCGACGACUCGUCCAGCGGCGAAGACAACCAGGAGUUCCAGCACGAAUAUCUUUAAACCCCAAAAUGAGAAUUGAUGGCAAAUCGUAUUUUUAUACAACUAACUUAUCAACCAAACAAACUCGGCUUGAAAAUAAACAUUUUCUAUCUCGGUAGAAUUUAGAAAUCAAUCAAAAA